CCUUCAGGGUGUGCCGGUGGCUUACGACAACAUCAAAGUGGUGGGCGAGCUCGGGGACAUUUACGACGACCAAGGAUUCAUCCAUCUGAACAUCGAGGCUGACUUCGUGAUCUUCAGCCCCAAGAAAGGGAAGAAACUGGUGGGUGUAAUUAAUAAAGUGGCCCCUAGUCAUAUUGGCUGCCUGAUACAUGGAUGCUUCAAUGCUUCUAUCCCUAAACCUGAACAAAUGUCAGUUGCACAGUGGCAAGAGCUGGGGUUAAAAAUAGGGGAUGAACUGAAAUUUCAAGUACUGCACUUAGAUUCAGAUGCAGCUGGGGUGUUCUUCAUUCGAGGAGGUCUCACUAAAAGCAGCAUGAAGCCUAAGCAACCUGAGACCGUCACUGACAGUGCAAAUGGAGAUGAAACUCAAAAGCUUGACCACCAGGAGAAUAGCUUGAAUGACUCUCGGGGAGAUAAUGUUACAGAGGAGGCACUUGAUGGGACUAAUAACACUGUGAAGGAAAAUGGAGAGGAGCAAAGUAUGAAUGGAUUAUGUGAUGAUAAAAACAAGAAGAAGAAGAAGAAAAAGCAUAAGCAAGAAGAACAGGAACAUGUAUUGCCUACCAGUGACUCCAGUGGUUACCAAAGUGACCAUAAAAAGUCAAAGAAAAAGAAAAGAAAGCAUUGCAGUGAAGUUGAAGAAAGUGAAUUAUCUCAGCUGUCACAAGAACCCAAAGCUAAAAAAGCUAAAAAGAAAAGGGACUAA